AUGCUUCGAAUCAAGCAAAAUUCUUCCUUUUCUACACAGCAGUCAGAACAACAACACGUGCCAUUGAAAUAUGUGAACGUCGAAGCAUACAUUAAAUCGUUCGCUGCUGAUGUCACCAUCGAACAAAUUUUUCGCAACGAUGAGACGAAACCAAUCGAAGCAGUGUAUUGUUUUCCAAUAGAAGAACAAGCAGCAAUCUAUUCAUUUGUGGCUCGAAUUGAUGAUCGAGAAAUUGUCGCACAAUUGAAAGAAAAAAAGGAAGCACAACAGGAAUACAGUGAUGCUCUUCAACAAGAUUAUGGUGCAUAUUUACUCGAACAAGAUGAAAAAUCUCAAGAUAAUUUUAUUAUGAAUGUCGGUGCACUACCAGCCCGUAAAGAAUGUCAUAUUUAUAUAUCGUAUGUCUCCGAAUUGGAUCUUGUUCAAAAUGGAAGCCAAAUUCGAUUUGUUGUUCCGACGACUAUCGCACCUCGCUAUACUCCAAACAAACACGGCAUUAGUUCACCGGCUAGUACCACGUCUAAAUAUGUUCAAACAGCUCCAUAUACAGUUGAAUUUCGCUGUCGAGUGGAAAAAGCUAACGUUUCUCGAGUUAGUUCGAUGUCCCAUCCUAUCCAGGUUGAAGUCGAUCAAGUGAAUGUAUAUACCAUCGAGUUUGCUCAACAAAACACUCAUCUAGAUCAAGAUAUCUUGUUAGAUAUUGAAUUAGCUAGCAAUCAUUCGAAUACUAUUGUUGCGGUGGAACCAGGUGCUGUUAUGACUUCAUUUAUACCAACUAAAGAAGAUUGUCAACACGCGAUGAACAAUGUCGAGGCUACGAAUGAAUUUAUUUUUGUUAUCGAUUGCAGUGGAUCAAUGCACGAGCAGAACAAGAUUGGAUUGGCUCGUGAAGCCAUGUUACUCUUUCUCAAAAGUCUUCCACUAGAUUGUCAAUUUAAUAUCAUUCAAUUCGGAUCUAAUCAUGAGGCAUUAUUCGAUGAGGUCACUUCUAUUUACAAUGAAAAAAAUGUUCAAAAAGCCGAACGACUCAUCAAUCAAUUGCGGGCAGAUUUGGGUGGUACUGAAUUGUUAGAACCGCUGAAAUGGUUAGAAAAGCAUCCUCCACGAAAAGGUCGUACGCGACAAAUAUUUCUGUUGACUGAUGGAGAAAUUUCAAAUGUGAACGAAGUACUUGAUCUAUGUCGUUCAAUGGCUACUUCCACAAGGAUCUUUUCAUUUGGUUUGGGUCAUUCGCCGAGUCGUUCACUCGUCAGAGGUCUUGCUCGAGCAACGAAAGGACGUUUCGUUUUUAUUCCACCUAAUAGUAGUGUCGAUAUUCAUGUUGGUGAACAGUUACAAAAAGCUCUACAAUCUUGUAUAACCAAUAUACAAGUGAAAUGGAAUCUGGGUACUAAUGUUGUGAGUGCACCAUCAAAAAUACCACCAGUCUAUGCAAAUGAUCGUCUGAUUGUCUAUGCACUUGCCAAUGAUCCAAUGUUUGUCUUCCAUCAUAAUUCCAGAGUGGAAUUACGUACUAACAGAAGUCGAUUAGGUAAGGCGAAAAUUGAUGGUUCAUGCAAUGUGAGCAUGAAUGGGACCAUUGCUCGGCUCGCUGCCAAAGCACUUAUUCUCGAAUUGCAACAUUCGAAAUUUCCCUCAUCGAUCGAGAAGAAGAAAUCAGGUUCGUUAUUGAGUUGUGUUCGGAAGGAUCGUUCAUGGCCACCACCAGCAACGAGAAUCGAUGAGAAAGGAAUGACAAAGAAAUCCAUUAUUGAACUUUCACUCAAAUAUCAGAUUCUGAGUCCAUACACCGCUUUUAUUAGUGUUGAAAAACGAGUGAAUGGCAGCAAUGCUGAUAUGAUCUUGCGUGAAGUACCGAUUCAAAUAUCGACCGAUGACCAACACUUACUGGUAUCCCAUUCCAUGAAUCAGUGUGCCAAUAUGAUGCCAUCUAGUCCGAUGACAUUUCGUAUGAUGCAAGCACCAAUAGCGAUGUCUACGGCGAAUCGAUCUAUGUCAACGGAGUACAAGCAACGUAAAACUUGCAAACCGAUACCUCAAUCAGAUUCAUUUCCAGAAGAUCUCAUCGAUGAAAUUGACGAAGAGGACAUCUCUCUACGGAUUUUCCCUUCAGUACCAUCCAAAUCCAAUUAUAUUUGUUCUACGACCAGUUUACGCCAGCAGCCUUUAGUCGAUGAAGGAAAAGAUAAAACAUGGCCUACAGACGAUCAAAAUAUUGUUCGCUACUUGAUCAGCAAACAAAAAUUUGAUGGUUUAUGGGAUCUGGAUGUGGAAGAUAUAGAACAUUUGACUGGGAAGCCAUUGGCAAGCUUUACACCAUCUAAUAAUAAACAAAUUCUCAUUUCGGCUAUUGUUAUUGUCGCACUUGAAACAUAUUUCACCACAAUGUCGGCAAUGUGGUAUGGUGUAGUGGAAAAAGCUCGCAAACGUCUUCUUGAUUUACUUGGCCAAGACGUUAAACAACUUGAAUCGUUACUGAAGAAGAUUCGUCAACAAUUUUGA